AUGAGCUUGGUGCAACUAUUCGUAUCAACAGAAGUUGCCCAUGACACGGUCGCUGAGCUUGGGGAACUUGAAAACAUGCAGUUCAAGGAUGUGAGAUUAGGACUGUCGAAUUCACGUUAUAUGAAGCUAACGAUGAGCUGCACAGCCGAACCCCAACGUCAAUCCCUUCCAACGAUCAUUCAUAGGCGAGAUUCGUCGCAUCGACGAGAUGGCUCGUCGCGUUCUUUUUUCUCUACUCAAAUUGAGAGGGAAAAAGAUAAGAUACCCGUGCGCCCGCUGUAUGAUUCGGCGCCUCUCAUCACCGUUGGUCCGCGAGCAGCUCAAACAAUGGACGGCUUAGACGUUACAUUUGCCGAGCACGAGUCGAGGCUAGUACAGAUGAAUGAGAGCUACGAACUGCUUAGUGGUCGAUUGAGGGAGCUGGUUGAGGCUAGGCAUGUUCUGAGGGAGACAGCUGUAUUCUUUGACAGGGCUGAAAGCAACCAGUCUGAUAUCAGGACCUCAUUCGACGACAGCUCGGCACCCUUGUUGCAGCACGAUGACCGCGAGAACCAGUUCUCCAUAUCAACUGUCCAGUUUGACCUCGAGUUUGCUGCUGAUACAAUUGAUCGCACUCGUAUCCCCACAUUUGAGCGCGUGCUGUGGCGCGUGCUCCGCAGUAAUAUUUGCAUGAACCAUACCGACAUUGCCAAGCCCUUCGUUGACACCGCGAGUAGUGUCGAGACUCAAAAGAAUGUCUUCAUCAUCUUUGCUCAUGGAGACGCUCUCCUCGCCAAGAUCCGCAAAGUCGCCGAGUCUAUGGGCGCUACACUCUACCCCAUCGAUGCCAACGCGGACAAGCGCGUUGAGUCCUUCCGUGAAGUCAAUGGCCGCAUUGAAGAUCUCGAAAUGGUGUUGUCCAACACGGGAUCCACGAGAAGAGAGGAACUGUUGAGGAUUGGAGAGGGUCUGGCCAGCUGGCAAGAUGUCGUGAGGGAGGAGAAGAUGAUCUAUGAGACGUUGAAUCUGUUCAACUAUGAUCUGAGGCGGAAAACGUUAAUCGCAGAGGGAUGGUGCCCAACAAGGGGUAUCACUAUCAUUCAGUUGGCUUUACGCCAUGCAACUGAGGAGUCAGGGACAACCGUCCCGCCAAUUUUGCGCGAGUUGCGCACCAACAAGACUCCGCCGACUUUCCAGCGCACCAACAGAUUUACGGAGGGCUUCCAGACCAUCAUGGACAGCUAUGGUAUCGCCACUUACCAAGAGGUCAAUCCGGGUCUAUUUGCUGUCAUCACCUUCCCGUUUUUGUUCGCUGUGAUGUUCGGUGAUAUCGGGCAUGGCACCAUCAUCUUCUUCGCUGCGCUGAUAAUGAUCCUCAACGAGCGAUGA